UGAAAUGGUUGCAGGUUUGGCCGACUCAUAGGAAGUGAGAUUACACUCUUCAAAAUAGGUAAAUUUCGAGUCCAGUACUGGAUUCUACUCGAAGCGUUCAUGCAUUUGUCUACCUGCGUGAAGUGAACGUUUUUUGUAAUUAAUAACUGGACGUUUUUGCAGCUCUCCUGCGAACUACGCACGAAAAACCGGCAGCCAUGGCUGAUGCAGAAAAAAUUAAAAUGACCGCAGCCAAAGUUCUGGGUUGUGUGGAAAAGGUGUCUUCGUUUGCAUCCUCCAUCGACCCCCUUUUCGGCAUCGUCAGCACCCUGGUAGGUGUGGCACGCAAGGGCCUGGUGGGCGAGGAGGCCCACGCCCUGGAGAAGGACUUCCAAGCCGUCCACAGCAAACUGCAGAGCAUCUCUGCCCAGAAUCAGCAGGUGCUGCAGCAGAUCCGCAUCAAUGAGGUCAACGAGAUCUUUAGCAAAUACGAAGAGUACAUUAAGCACCAGUACGCGGCUUUCAAUGAUAUGGUGGAGAGGGUUACGAAGGACCCAGAUAGCGCUCGUCACUACAUGAGCAAGUUUGAGAAUAUCUACGAGAGGGACAAGGGCGAGAUGAGCCUGGACGUCUACUACCGUGGCGUGGUUGGUGCCCCGACGGCCUUCGGCAGACCCCUGCUGCGGGUGUACCAGGAGCACUGCAACUUCGACCGGGGGGUGAUGGAGCGUCGCUGCUCCCACCUUGGCCACCUCUUCCACAUCGGCCUCAUCGCGCUCAUGGGUUACACGGCCGUCACCGAAGACGACGAAGACGAGGUCCGGGAGAAGUGGACCCAGCGUGUGGCAGAAAUCCAAGCCAAAAUGGAGGAGGCCUUGGCCCAGUGUCAGAGAGCAUCAUGAGGGUCAUAGCAGAUUGGUCCAGUGAGGGAACCCUGGCCAUAAUCUUAAUAUUGUUUUUAAAUUGGAGAUCCGAGAAAAAGCUCCCUUCAAAUGGACCAAAUUUGGGAAAAGGAAGCCAAAACGGUCAUUCUAUUAGCCUCAGGUUAAUUAUAAUGAGUGUAUAUAUACAUAUAUAUAUAAUAUUUAAUACCCAGCACUUCUGCUUCACAUUAUUUUUGAUGAAUGAAUUACAGAAUAAUUUUCAAACUGUGACAGACACCAUUUUGUUUCCCGUAAGUUGUGCCUAAUUGCAUCUUGACCACUUUACAACAUGUUGGUGUAAUUGCACUUUAUUUUGCUAAAGUUUACUUUUAUUACCAUGAUAUUACUGCUUUGGCUGCCUUGAGCUAAAAUAUCAUUUUCCAAUAAAUCAUAUGAAAACCGAA